AUGGCGCGCGGGAAGGUGGCCGAGUGGAUACGGAAGCGUACCAUGCCGAGUAAGUCGUCCGCCGGUCGCCGGAGUAGGGGCAGCGGGGCGUCCGAGCCGAUACUGCCGAGCGAGGCAGCGCCGGAGAGCUGGAGCAGCGCCAGCAGGGCGCCUAGAAAGGCGGACGGGAGCGGAAACGGUGCCAGUGGCAGCGGCGCGCCAACGGCGCACUCGAAGUCCCGGGCGAGCGCCUUCCUGUCGGCGCUUAUGCGGUGGCGGCCGCGCGUGAACGUGAUGGCCGUGCUGUGGGAGCAGGUGGUGUACCACCUGAUGUGGCUGGUGGAGUCCGUGGUGGUGGUGGGAAGGCUCUGCUUCUUCCUCAUGCGCUUCGGCUUCAAGAAGCUUUGA